UCGUUGAUUCCUCCAGAGCCUCAAACUUCCUUAGAGCACUUAUAAUAAUUUCAAGUCAACUGCAAGCACAAAAUGCCUAUAAUCACAGACUACAAGCUUCCCAGUUCAGUGGACGCCUUGGACCUGACCGCAGAGUCCAACUCGCCAUUUUUCAUCUCCUUCCACGCCUCUCGCGACCCCAACACUGGGGAACCUUGGUGUCCAGAUGUUAGAGCCGCAUUGCCGCCCCUCAAGGCUGCUUUCUCUGCGGACGCUGGUCCUCGCGUCGCUUUCAUUGAAGUCGGACAUCGGCCUGAGUGGAGAGACACCACCAAUGUUUACCGGACUAAGUGGAAUGUGCGAAAUCUUCCUACUCUGGCUCGUUAUGAACGGGUUGAUGGUAAGGUGAAGGAGGUUGGACGGUUGGUGGAAGGGGAGAUUCUUGAUUCGAAACGGCUCAAAGAAUUUAUCAACGGCUCUUCUGCAUCGUUAUGAGGGAAUAAAGUUUGACUGAUUUAUAUCCGUCUAUGUUGUGUAUAGGGCUAUGUUUGAGGGACUGAUAUUCCGAAUCUGUUGCCAGAAUCAAAUUCACCCACUUCCUACGCACACCUGGUAUAGAAAAUCGUGAUGUUAUUCCAUACCACGAGUUAAAAGCUUCCGUGUGACACAGCAUCUUUUAAGCGUUGGUCGGAAUUGUAGAGGUACUUGAGCCAAAAGCGAUAUGCGUCAAGCCCUAACCCUGUCCUAACCCUAUUAUAUCUCAAUUUAACCCUGGUUGUACCCUACAUUCCUAGGGUGUCUAUGC